AUGGAACAAGUGCACGGCGUUGAUGUCAGUUGGAUGACACAGGCCUCUCCAAAAGACAAGUUUAAUAAGAAGCCUUCAUCGCCUCCAUUGAAGACACCGGCUCCCGCGCAGCCGCGAGCAGCAACCGGCCCGAAUUCAAAGCCGACGUCGGUCGAAGCCAAAACGAUACCGAAUGGCAACCACCACCCAAAUGGCAACAGCCAUGCGGCACCUGCUACUACUGCUGCGGCCGCUGCCAUAAACAGCCAAGCACUUCCAAUAGGCAGGCGUUCACGAUCACGGUCAGGGUCUGUAGAGAAGAAUGGCACAAGUCCCCUGGGCAGCUCCCCAGGUCGGCGCAAUUCCUGGUUCUCCAAUAUCUCGGCCAAAUUCUCAUCGAACCACGCGGCUUCCGAUGCACUGAAUGGACCACCACAGGAGAUCCCCGAGCAGGAAGAUACGGUCGGGACGCCGCCCACGCCACCCCAACCGUCCCAGCCUCGGGUCCCCCAGGUGGGAAACUCCAGAAGUGCUGUGCUGCCUCCGGCACAAAGACCGACAGGCAAUGGACCAUAUACACCGGCUCCUCCAAGGACUGGCCAGGCCGGGAUUCUGGGCGUGUUCAGGCGCCUCUCGUCAUCAGGCGCCAAUCACCAUGCCGCCAGGACGGGAAAUGGUCUUGUAGAGCGGCGGGUCCUGAACGUGGACCAGAACAGGCAGCGAUGCCCCAUUUCAGAGCUCAAGGAUGCCAAGAUGAAGAAGGUGUCUUUCUGUGUGGAUGUCGAGAUUGCCCCAAUGCCCAAAUACGCGGACCCCGAAGUCAACGAGCGCGCGCCCGUGGAUACGGCAUCAAAGAAGAAGGUCACCGAGAAGGGCGAAGGCGAGGCGCUGAAGAAUCCCAAGGCUAUGGAAGAGAAGAAGGAGGCCCACGGAGAAAUGCCUCUGACGCCUGUGGAGCCCAAACCUAUACCCAGCGAGGCCCCUGCUGCUGUCGACGAGCCUGCCAAGCCUGCUGAAGUUGAGCCCAAGGCAGAUCAUGGGGCUCCCGAGAACACCAAGAAGAAGGAGAAGAAGAAGAAGAGCGAGGAGGAAAGGAAGGCAAGGAAGGAGAAGAAGCGAAAGCUGGCCGAGGCCAACGGCUCGAUUCCCAUGGAGAUUCGAUACAGCAGCGACUCUAGCGACAGCAACGACAAUUCGGACAGCCCAAAAACACAGCACUCUCCCACGAUCAACCCUGUCCGGAUAUACCGCCGAUGCUGCCAGCUACGGGAGAGUCCGAUACUCAAAAAGGUCACGGAGCAGCUGCUCGAUCCCACCAACUCGUCCGAGGCCACAGGGGUGGUGGGCAAGCUGGAUCUUACCGGGUAUUAUCUUCAGAGCGUGGACAUUACAACCCUGGGUGAUUAUCUGGCGGUUGUGCCGGUGAUAGAGCUGAUCCUGGAGGACUGCAACCUGAACGACGAGGGAUUGCGAAUGGUACUGGCGGGGCUCCUCGCAGCCCGUCGCCCUGACCCAAAGCGCAGGAAAGCCAAACACGAGCCUGAGGGAAAAGGGGGUGUCAUUGAGCGUCUGGUCAUCAAGAGCAACAAGAUUGGUCCGGAUGGCUGGAAACAUAUCUCUCUCUUCUUGUACCACUGCCGGUCGAUCAAGCACCUCGACUUGUCCCGGGUCCAAUUUCCUCGGCAAGCAGCUUGCCAAAGCAAAGGCACCCUCCCCAACGGCGUGUCUGUCCCGCAAGGUAUUGCCGAGAUUUUCGCAGCGGCGUUGACGGAUCGCCUUGGCGGAUCCUUGGAACUGCUCAACCUUGGCGAGACGCUCCCGGCCAUGGACCAGUUGGGCACGAUCAUUGAUGGCGUGAUCAAGUGCGGCGUCUCGCGCCUAGGGCUGGCCAACAACAAGCUUGAUGCGCAAGGUGUUGCCCACGUGAACAAGUUCCUAGCCUCAGGGAAGUGCGUGGGCCUCGAUCUCGGCGGCAACGACCUGCGUGACCACAUAGGUCUGAUUGCGGAACAUCUCAGAGAGACUGAUCCCUUGUGGGCACUCAGUCUCUCGGCGUGCAAUAUCGACUACAUCGCGCUUGGCACGAUCCUCUCGGUCCUGACGAAACUCGAAAACUUCCGAUUCAUUGACCUAUCGCACAAUCACGAUCUCUUCCCGCCCGGCCAAACGGAACAGCGAUCUCUGGCGUUAUUAAGAAAGAAUCUACCGAAGAUGAAACCAUUGAAGCGUAUUCAUCUACAGGAUGUGGGAAUGAACGCCGAGCAGGCCAUCGCCCUCAUUGAGAUCCUGCCCGAGGUGCCCUCCCUGGCCCACAUCAACCUUUUGGAGAAUGCAGACCUAGUGAAGCUUGCAGACGCACGGUCAGAGGAGGAUCAAGAAGAGGCGUGCGCACUGCAUGCAUCGUUGAUGGCUGCUGCGAGGCUCUCAAAGAGCCUGAUCUGCAUUGACAUUGAAGUGCCUAGCGAGGGGUCAGGCGAAAUUGUCAAGGCCAUGGCGAAGCAGGUGGUCGCUUACUGUCUGCGCAACAUGGAGCGCAUUCAUGACCCCGACAUUGGCGCAGCUGUUUCAGCGGCGCUUGGUGAAGCCCAGACGGAGAAUGGUGCCAAAACCAAAUCUCCACCGGGCUAUCCAGACGUUUUGGCUCACCUGGUCGGCCACGAUGUGCUUGACUCUGAGAAUAUGGACACCGACGAGGAACCCGCGCCGGAUGAAGACUACGUCAUUGGUGGUACCGGCGUUGUCAAGGCCUUGACUUGCUGCUUGAAGAACCGGGGUGACGAUUCGCGCAGACCAUCAGGCGAGUUUACUCGCGAUGCCAACGGCGACAAUGCCGCCACAAAACUAGCAACAGCCGGGAAAGCCAAAGACAUGUCCAAACAUCUCCUGGCCGGAGCCCGCAAGAUCCGUCUGCGUAUUCAGCCUGCGCUUGUCAAGGCCAGGACCAACCCAGCAGACGAGGUGAAUCUUCGCAAGCUCAUUUUCCUGGAUGACACGCUCAAGGGCAUCAUCAAACGGUUCGAAGACGAGUACCCAGACACGAGGGAAGGUGGUGUGCCUGGCACAGACACCCCGCCGCCUCAGCUCCACGUGCGGAUGGAGGAUCUAUCUACGACGCCUCCCGGCGAUGACACUACUGCCAUCUCGGAUGGCGAGGAUGACUCGAAGAUACGCCCAGCCAAGGCAUUGUCGCGGUCCAGUUCCGUGUUGUCCAAGCUGCUGGCGGAGGAGGAAGGUCGCGUCCACCGCGCUGGCCACCGCUUCCGGUCAGGGUUCUUCACAAAGGAGCAAGUUGAUCUCCUGACCACCAUUGACGACAUUGGCUCCGACCCCAAGCAUGUCCAGCUCCUCACUGGCCUGGCCGAUGAUAUUGGCGGAGAGCUUCUGGAGGCAGUGAAGGAGAAGGGGCCGACGCGGGUGUUCAAGGAGGAUCGGGAGAUGGUUCUGCGGUGCAUGAAAGAGGCUGACCCCGAGCACUAUGACAGGUUCGUGGAGUCUCAGAAGACGGCUCGCGCGAACAUUAGCGUGUCGUCCGAGGGCAAGGAGCAGCAGGCAGACGAGAGCGCUGUCACUGACUGA